UUUUAAAAUAUUAUUAUCCAUUGGAAUCAUCACUUCUUCUUCUUCUUCUUCUUCGAUUCCGAUCGAGCUCAGGAGGGUUUUCGAUCAUAUCUGUCUGGACUAGAUAGAAGAAUGUUGCAAUGCAUCUUUCUAAUAUCAGAUUCUGGGGAGGUAAUGCUGGAAAAGCAACUUACUGGACAUCGGGUUGAUCGAUCUAUUUGUGCCUGGUUUUGGGAACAAGUCCUAGUGCAGGGUGAUUCUAUCAAGCUUCCUCCGGUAAUUGCUUCCCCUACGCACUACCUGUUUCAAAUUGCCCGCGAUGGAAUUACGUUUCUAGCAUGCACCCAAGUUGAAAUGCCACCUCUAAUGGCAAUUGAGUUCCUUUGCAGGGCAGCUGAUGUGCUUUCGGACUAUCUUGGAGGUCUAAACGAAGAUGUCAUAAAAGAUAAUUUUGUAAUUGUAUAUGAGCUUUUGGAUGAGAUGAUAGAUAAUGGAUUCCCACUCACAACUGAGCCUAACAUUCUGAGAGAGAUGAUAACCCCCCCAAAUCUUGUGAGCAAAGUAUUGAGUGUUGUUACUGGAAACAGUUCGAAUAUGAGUAACACUCUUCCAGGUGCAACAGCUUCAUGCGUACCCUGGAGGACCACAGAUCCGAAGCAUUCUGGGAAUGAGGUUUUUGUAGAUUUGGUUGAAGAGUUGGAUGCUAUUAUAAACAGGGAUGGAGCUCUUGUAAAGUGUGAGGUAUAUGGUGUGGUCCAAGUGAAGUCCCAGCUCCCCGGGCUUCCUGAUCUGACCCUUUCUUUUGCGAAUUCUUCCAUUUUGAAUGAUGUGAGGUUCCAUCCUUGUGUUCGCUAUCGCCCAUGGGAAUCUCAGCAAAUUAUGUCCUUUGUACCUCCUGAUGGAGAAUUUAAACUCAUGAGUUACAGGGUUAAAAAACUGAAGAAUGUACCAAUAUAUGUGAAACCUCAGCUAUCAUCAGAAUCUGGGACAUGCCGAAUCUCUGUUAUGGUUGGGAUAAAAAACGAUCCAGGAGGGAAAACUAUCGAUAAUGUAACAUUGGAGUUUCAGCUUCCUCCUGCUGUUCUAUCAGCUGAUCUGACCUCAAAUCAUGGCACAGUAAACAUUCUUCAAGACAAGACAUGUUCUUGGUUGAUUGGACGGAUUCCCAAGGACAAGGCUCCAUCAAUGUCUGGUACAUUAAUGCUCGAAACAGGGAUUGAACGAUUACAUUAUUUUCCAACCUUUCGUGUUGGUUUCAGAAUAAUGGGUAUUGCACUUUCUGGUUUGAAGAUAGAUAAGCUAGAACUCAAGAACUUACCUAAGCAGCCUUACAAAGGUUUUCGUGCACUUACAAAGGCAGGAGAAUUUGAUGUUAGGUCAUAGUUUAAAACUCAAAAGAUUUGUUAUUCCAUUUGUAUUUUAAUUUGCUCUUUCUCCCCCUUUUUAUUUGUACUCAUUAGAUACGACACAAUUAGGGUUGAGCAACCCAAACUUGAAAAAAUCGACCAAUAUUGGGUCUGGAUAGACAAAUAACUCAUUGUUCUAAAAAAUUAUUGUGUUCGAAUUAUAUUAAUGAUAGGAUGUACAUUUUUUUACACAU